AUGGACAAGUAUGAUUUGUAUAUAAGAUGUCGAUUUUCGCUUCCGAUAUCAGAACGGUUAGAUGGGGAUACUAGCUGUCGCCUGUUCACUCCCUACGACAGAAAGUAUGUUCAGGGACAACUAUUUCUUUCCUCCAAUUUCUUGUGUUUCUCAAGCAAGAUUGAAAAACUUGUAUCCAUCGUGAUUCCUAUUAGUUCAAUAUCAUCAGCUGAAGAAUGCAAUACCUUGCUAGGCGCUGGCAACUCCAAUGGAAGAGCCAUCAUCAUAUGUUUGCAUAACGGGGCUGCGAUAGUUUUCGCUUCUGUUCCUGAUAGAGAUAGGGUUCUUUCCAAAAUAACAACAUUCACUGAGAAGUUCCGGAUCAAUCAGUCCCUGAUGAGGCACGAGGUUAAAGAACCAAUUCGACCUGUUGAGAAACUUCUGUGUCCAUUGGUCGAAACUUAUCCCUUUGGUGUGGAUGUCAGCGAGAAAUGCAAAGCAAAAUGGGACAGCUUGUUUGCCGAAUACGGUAGAGAUGUCACUAUGUAUAGGACAGUGGAUUUGCAUAGGCUGCUGUUGGAAGGUGUUCCGAACAGUACCAGGGGAGAGUUAUGGAUGAUAUGCUCUGGAGCGAAGGCUGAAAUGGAUUUAAAUCCAGGCUAUUACGACGAAUUGCUCAGGAAAAAUGAGGGUGCCUACUCAGUUGCUCUGGAUGAAAUCGAGAGAGACUUGCAUAGAAGUUUACCUGAGCAUCCAGCUUUCCAAUCGGGUCCAGGCAUUGAUGCUCUUCGACGUGUACUCACAGCUUAUGCUUUCCGAAAUCCUAGCAUAGGUUACUGUCAAGCCAUGAAUAUUGUGGCAGCAGUGCUUUUGUUAUUCACAAAGGAAGAAGAAGGAUUUUGGCUGUUGGUUGCUGUUUGUGAACGACUUCUUCCUGAUUAUUAUAACUCGAAAGUAGUAGGCGCCAGAGUUGACCAAGGGGUCUUCUCGGAAUUAAUGGAAAAGUUCUUACCUACUGUUGGAGCUCACUUGACCAAGCUAUCCCUGGAUGACAUGGUUUCCUUAUCAUGGUUCCUCACAAUUUUCCUAUCAGCCAUCAAAUUCGAUGCAGCUGUUCGCAUUUUAGACCUCUUUUUCUUUGAGGGUUCUAAGCUGAUGUUUCAAGUUGCUUUGGAAAUGAUGAAAGAGAAUCAAGAUAGCAUUUGCAAAGCAAAAGAUGAUGGUGAGACGUUGACCAUUCUCCAGAACUACACUGCUGGUAUUUAUGAAGGAGACGUAGAGAUAGAUGGAAAAAUCCCUAUUGGGAAACUGUUGGGCGACUCUUACUUCAGCUAUGGUUGCUCUUUCACUAAUGAGCAAAUUGAAGAUUUACGAUUGAAAUAUAGACUGAAAGUCGUUCAAUCGAUGGAAGAUUGUCAAAUGAAGAGUAUCAUACGUAGCGUUGGGAAAGAGUGCAAGUUUACAAAGGAAGAGUUGGAGAUGCUUUAUUGCAUUAUUAAGGAAGAACAUCUGUUAUCAUGGCGACAACGACUAGGCGUUAACUCAUAUACUAACUCCCGCUCAUUGACGGAAAGACCACGACCAGACCCAUGUGCACAGUCGCAGUACAGGGUUGAUUACUAUCUCUUUGCUGAAGUUUUUCCCAGGCUACUGCCAUGGAACGUAUCCAACAUCUUCAUCGUCAGACUUUUCCGGCUGUUAGACGUCAGUGAAAGUGGCCUGUUAACUUUCCGUGAUGUUGUCCUUCCGUUAUCUACACUUCUGCGUGGUGAAUCUGUAGAAAAAUUGUAUCUUCUGUACAAAUGCCAUCUCCCUCCAGCUUUCGAUAAUACCGAUUUGGACGAAAUCGCCCCUCAAUCAGAUCGAUCUUCAGAUGAGCCGGAAGAAGCAUUAGAAGCCGCAACGAUCCUUGCAUCCCCUCUUAAUAAUCGAUGCCGUUCGAGUACAGACCCUUCUUCUUCUUCAAGCCUCGAGAAAAAGGGGAGAAGUAACACAAUAACUAGCAUAUGUCCGAAUGAUGAUCAGUCUUCUGAUGCUGCUUCUCUAAUUGAUAUGAUUGCUGCCAAAUCAGUAGGGAGUUCCCCCUCACAUAAUAGCAACGAGAAAAUCACAGUUGCUGAUGAAGCAAGUGAAGAUAGCUUUUCUCUUGUAGAAGAAUCAAUCGUGAAGAUGAGGGAUCUGAAAGCAAAAAUGAAUGCUUCUGAACCAGCUUCAACAAAGUUAGAGUUGAAGUCCUUGCCUGAUAUGAGUCAAGUACAGUUCAUUCAACUGUGGAAAACCAUUUAUGAUUUGCUAAGUGGGGGUGAGACGGAUCAACAACUAUUCCAUGCCUUGGCAAUAGUCGGAACUCUGCUGCUGCAAGUAGGUGAAUCAUACAGAGAGUUCCAAGCGAAAAUAGAAGCUGAGCUGGCUGAUGCUAUGCGUGAUCAAACACUAACCAAUAGAAGUGACGAUAGUAAAAAUGGUGAUUUCUCCGAUGAGGAACCGGAAGAAGAUACUGAGGCAGCUCAGAUGAGACGGAUUGGGAACACACCCCAUGAACUAGCGGAAGGAGAAUGGAGAAUUAAUUUAGCUCAGAUUGUUGCUUCAGUGCUUUCAGAAAGCGUACUGGCAACAUUCCUCGACACCAAGUAUUCCAUUGAUGUCAUCAUUAAAAAAUAUCGAAGAACGCGUUUCUCCAGUAGCACUGACAAAAACAUAAUUCCUUCUUCUUUGAAGCAUUAA